AUGGACGCUGCAGCUAUCACCACGUUGAAGAAAAAGAGGACGACGUUACGACAACAGAUCACCAGAGCUGUCACCAGCCUCACAGCCUUGGUCAACGCUUCAGGUUCACGGAGAGGCGUGAAGGCGCUGGUGGUACACCUCGAUGAUCUUAUUCUCAGAACCUCCGUCUUGCAGUCAGAAAUCACAGCCGUAGAAGAAGACGAUGAUGAAGCGGAACGACAAGACGCCACGCAUCUAACUUACGCUUCCAAGGGGGAUGAAGUCAUUGCAGCGGCCCAAGUUUAUCUGUCCAGUCGCGAAGGAGAAGCCGCAUCAGUAUUAAACCCACUUGAUGACCAGCCCGAUCAGAAUUCGCCGCUGUUUCCUAUAUCACCGUCAGAAGCAGACCAGCGCGACCAAGCACAGAAGGAUGCAGCCAUGCAACGUGAGCAAGCCCAUAAGGAAAAGGUCGCAGCGGCUCAAAAGAAGUGUGAUGAAGUCAGAGCUCGGGCAAACGCUCUUUGGGAAGAAGCCGAAGCAGCACAAGAGGCUCUCCGUCAGCUGAAUCUCUGUCAACCAGAUCCGGAUCAUUUCUCGUCCGUUAGUCAACAGCUAGAGAAACGGUCUCCAGCAGCCGAGGAAUGGCGGACCAAGCAACGAAACCUGAACGUCAAACAGGAAGCUCCGGAUGAUUGGAUUGAUCUCUACAAUGCUGGCCUUCUACUUCCGGUCCAUAGCCAAUUCUCCUCUCGUUCUGCCGUCUCCGCGGAAUUGGACGUUUAUAACGGAAAAGCCGUUGAAUGGUUUGGUUGGAUCGACCUGUUUCGUGCAUUAGUGCACGAUACUCCGAAGACCCCAGGAGAAAAGCUGGCACUACUAAAACAUUACCUUAAGGGCGAAUGUCUGGAUGUAGUCUACGGGCUCGGUGGCGGAGAGACGGCCUACAAGCAGGCACUGGUGCGUCUGAAAGAGACAUUCGGACGAAGAGAUGUGAUGCGAGCCGCCCACAUCCAAGCUAUCGAACGACUUGAAUUCAAGAAUGAACCAAGAGUGUUCAAACGUUUUGCCGAAAGAGUUCGGACCCAUCUCUUCGACCUCAGCAGGAUUGGAGCCGCAUCAUCAGCCGACAUCAUCGAGAAGGUCUGCUUAAGACUCAACCAGCAAGAUCGACUCGAUUGGAACGCGGGACGACGUGGCCGUUUGGAAUUCCGCAGCCUCAACGAUUUCGGUACAUGGAUCUGUGAGCGAGCGUCCGAUUACCUCAACGCUUACAGCAUAGCCGCGGAUCAAGCCAACGAGACAGGAGGGCCAUCAUCAACGCCAAGAGGAGCCUUUCCACGUCGAGCUAAGACUCAUCAUUCGUCCGCAAGAGCUACAGAUGGAGGCGGAGCUGGCUCAACGAAGAAACCUUUUUGCUUCAAAUGCGAAAAGGGGCAUUGGCUCCAAGAUUGCGGAGACUUUAAGGCCCUUUCAGUGGGUGAACGGGUCAAUUUCUGCAUGCGUCGCCGGCUGUGUUUCGGCUGUUUCAGUUGCAGACAUUCAGCAAGAGAUUGCCAAAGCAAGCGCCAGUGCAAGCAACCGGACUGCAGAUUCUUUCAUCAUAUCCUGCUUCAUGAAACUGAGAAGCCGUCGACGACGGACGCCCGUCCUUCAACCGCUCGUGUUAUUGGCCGACAGAGAGUGGCCCUGGGAAUGAUGAGGCUGCACGUGCAAUCCGCAGAUGGUAACUGGAUACUCGCCAAUAUUUUCGCCGACGAAGGCAGUGAUACCACCCUGAUGAGGACGUCAUUUGCGUCAAAUUUAAGGCUGCAAGGGCCGUCGCAGGUGUUGACGGUGGAUGGUGCCGGCGGAGUCAUCAACCGAUACCAGUCCAAACGAGUCCAGUUCCAGUUGCGCGCUGAAUCAGGCGAAAUCUUUACGAUGGAAGGUUCAACAAUGAAGAUGGUCGCCAGCCCCACUCCUAUCACGGAUUGGAAUAAAGAAAAGCAGAAUUGGCCGCACCUCCGCGACCUCCCGGUCGGAGUAGUGGGAGGAAAGGUGGAUCUUCUUGUAGGUACAGACUACCUGCAUCUUUUGGUGCCUCGCGAGACCAGAGAAGGGCGAGAUUAUGAACCAAUCGCCUGCAAAACAAGACUUGGUUGGAUCGUGCGAGGAGUUACCAACCGAGGCCAUCAAGUUACAUCCAUUCGUAGCUGCACGAUUGCUGGCCAGACCCCCCUGGAUAAUUUGACAGCGGAAGUUCGUCGUUUCUGCGACACCGAGGCCUUUGGGACCGAAUUCACCGCCGGAUGUGUAUCAGCCGACGACCGCCGAGCUCUAGCGAUGGCAGAGGAGAAGACCCGGAGGUUACCCGUCGGAUAUGAGGUGCCAAUUAUCUGGAAGGAGGGGGAGCCGGACCUCGUGAAUAAUCGACCCAUGGCCGCCAAUCGCUUCCAAAGCCUUCUCAGGAGGUUCCAGCGCGAGCCGAAUUUGGAACGAGACUACGAAAUGACGAUGCAGAAAACUCUGGAUCAAGGAUAUGCAUCACGGGUUCAAGAUCCAGCGGAUGAAAAGUACUUCCUGGCCCACCACGGUGUCUACAAGGGCGUGAAAUUACGAAUAGUUUUCGACGCCGCCGCCUCUUUUAAGGGGAAAUCAUUGAACGACGCAAUGCUAAGUGGCCCUGCUCUUCAACCUGCGCUGGCCGCCGUCGUCACUUGCUUCCGUCGGCAUGAAAUCGCUUGGGCGUCUGACAUCGAGUCCAUGUUUAGCCGUUUCCGGCUUUCAGCAGAAGAUUCGAAGUACUUUUGUUUCCUGUGGCGAGAUGCAGCAACGUCGGAGCCAGCGGUUUACAAGAUGGAGCGACUGCCUUUUGGUGCCAGCUGCUCCCCUUUCGUCGCCAUCCGCGCAGUACGUCAAAUCAUGGAGGAUGCCGGAGACGAAAAGAUGGCUGCCGUCGUACGUGAACGGAUGUAUGUAGACGAUUAUUUAAGUUCAGCAACAACCGUGACAGCCGCCGUGCAAGAGGCCUCCGCUAUGAAGACGAGAUUGGCCGAAGCGGACCUGAAUCUGCAGAGCUGGGUCUCCAAUUCCGAAGAAUUUAUGCGAGCCAUGGCAUGCGGGGAGAAAGCUGAACAGAAGACACAUCCGUUAGGCGACAGCGGCGAAGAGAAGGUGCUGGGAGUAUUUUGGGAUACACACACUGACACGUUAGGCUUCAAGGUUGCCGAGAAGUCUUACACGGAGUUAACCCGGAUGGAGCUGGUUAGCCGAGUUGCUGGAGUGUUCGAUCCGUUGGGCACCGCCUCUCCAAUCAUCGUUAAGGCUAAGAUUCGCCUCCGAGAAUUAGGCCAAAAGGGCCUAAAGUGGACGGACGUCGUCGAAGGAGAGGACCGAAGAUGGUGGGACCAGUGGUUCGAGACUGUCCUCCAGCUGAACGACGUCAAGAUGCCGCGCUGUCUCUUCCCAGAUUCCGCCAACAUCGUCUCAUCUGAAUUACACACUUUCUGUGACGCUUCCGAAGAGGCUUAUGCCGCAGUGGUCUACGUCCGAAGCGUCUAUGGUGACGGAAGCGUUGUCGUCCGGCAAGUAAAGGCGACAAACAAGUUGGCACCAAAGAAGACCAUCUCCGUUCCAAGGCUGGAAUUGAACGCCGCUCUGCUGGGAGCACGAGUAGCCCGAGCAGUUCAAGAAGCUCUUCCAGCUCAUGUGAAACGACGACGGUUCUGGACCGACAGUAGCACGGUCCGAAAUUGGAUACGAGCCACCGCAGCCGAUUAUCAAACAUUCGUCAGCAACCGCGUCGGAGAAAUCCAAACCAUCACAGAAGAAGAAGAAUGGAGGUUCGUGCCAGGGCUGUUGAAUCCGGCGGAUGCGGCCACUCGUUCCACCCUAGACGGCGUCAAUUUUCCUGCCGUGUGGCUGACAGGGCCGGAAUUUCUUAUGCUGACCGAAAAGGACUGGCCGACUGAUCUUCCGUGGCUUGUGGUGAAAGAUGAGUCGAGGACUAGCCGCACCUUGCUUGCUUCCGUGCCGGAAUCGCCGGUCGUUUGGACCGACGUGAAGAUAGCCCCGGACGACAUCGCUGCGCUCAGUAAAAUGGACGGCCGAUAUUUGGAGUUGGUGAAGAGCUGCCAAACCGAAACAUUCGAAGAGGAGAUCCGCCGCAUCCGGAGGGGCAAGAAUUUGCCGUCUUCAUCGAACAUUCUAGCCCUAGCACCAAUUUUAGAUUCCGGCGGAAUUCUUCGACUCGCAUCCUUUUGCCGCGACGGUGGUCCGUGCGUUCCAUGA